GGAGGAGAGAGGCAGCGAGCCGCGCGCUCCGCCCCCUCCCCCCGGGCUGUCGCCGCCGCCGCCGCCACCUCGCCGCCUCAGCCUGGCGGGGAGGAGGAGGAGGAGCACCAGGCCUCCGGGCCCCGGCACCGCCGCCCGCAGGACAUUUCUGAUUCAUUUGCAUCCUUGAAGAGCAUCUGUAGAAGAGGAAGGAAAAGAUGGGUGUGAAAACAUUUACUCAUAGCUCCUCUUCCCACAGCCAGGAAAUGCUUGGAAAGCUAAAUAUGCUGCGAAAUGAUGGACAUUUUUGUGAUAUCACUAUUCGUGUCCAGGACAAAAUCUUCCGGGCACAUAAGGUGGUACUAGCAGCUUGCAGUGAUUUCUUUCGCACCAAACUUGUAGGCCAAGCAGAGGAUGAGAACAAGAAUGUGUUGGAUUUGCAUCAUGUUACAGUAACUGGCUUUAUACCCCUUUUAGAAUAUGCGUACACAGCCACUCUGUCAAUUAACACAGAAAAUAUCAUUGAUGUUCUAGCUGCAGCCAGCUAUAUGCAAAUGUUCAGUGUUGCUAGCACCUGCUCAGAGUUCAUGAAAUCAAGCAUUUUAUGGAAUACACCCAACAGCCAAUCAGAAAAGGGUCUAGAUGCUGGACAAGAAAAUAACUCAAACUGCAAUUUUACUUCCCGAGAUGGAAGUAUUUCUCCUGUGUCUUCAGAGUGCAGUGUGGUAGAAAGAACCAUUCCUGUCUGCCGAGAAUCCCGGAGAAAGCGCAAAAGCUAUAUUGUUAUGUCUCCUGAAAGUCCUGUGAAGUGUAGCACGCAAACAAGUUCUCCCCAGGUAUUGAAUUCUUCAGCUUCCUACUCAGAAAAUAGAAAUCAACCAGUUGACUCUUCUUUAGCUUUUCCCUGGACUUUUCCUUUUGGAAUUGAUCGAAGGAUUCAGCCUGAUAAGUCUAAACAGGUAGAAAAUACCCGGACUUUAGAAUUACCCGGCCCAUCUGAGACAGGUAGAAGAAUGGCUGAUUAUGUGACUUGUGAGAGCACAAAAACUGCCUUGCCACUGGGUACCGAAGAAGAUGUCCGGGUCAAAGUAGAAAGGUUAAGUGAUGAGGAAGUCCAUGAGGAAGUGUCUCAGCCUGUCAGUGCAUCUCAGAGUUCACUGAGUGAUCAGCAGACAGUGCCGGGAAGUGAACAAGUCCAAGAAGACCUUCUGAUUAGUCCACAGUCUUCCUCUAUAGGUUCGGUAGAUGAAGGUGUCACUGAAGGGUUACCUACGCUUCAAAACACUUCUAGCACUAAUGCUCAUGCAGAUGAUGAUGAUCGAUUGGAAAAUGUUCAGUAUCCCUACCAACUGUACAUAGCUCCUUCUACCAGCAGUACGGAACGACCAAGUCCAAACGGUCCAGAUAGACCUUUUCAGUGUCCAACUUGCGGGGUACGAUUCACCCGUAUUCAGAACCUAAAACAGCACAUGCUCAUCCACUCAGGAAUUAAACCAUUUCAGUGUGACCGCUGUGGGAAAAAGUUCACCAGGGCUUACUCGCUAAAGAUGCAUCGCCUAAAGCAUGAAGGUAAACGCUGUUUCCGGUGCCAGAUAUGUAGUGCCACUUUCACUUCCUUCGGGGAAUAUAAACACCACAUGAGGGUUUCCCGGCACAUUAUCCGCAAGCCUCGGAUUUACGAGUGCAAAACAUGUGGCGCCAUGUUCACCAACUCUGGAAAUUUAAUCGUGCACCUGAGGAGUCUGAACCAUGAAGCGUCAGAGCUAGCAAACUACUUCCAGAGCAGUGAUUUCCUAGUACCGGACUACUUAAACCAGGAGCAAGAAGAGACCCUUGUUCAGUAUGAUCUUGGAGAACACAGUUUUGAAAGCAACUCCUCUGUUCAAAUGCCUGUAAUUUCACAGGUCUCCUCGACCCAGAAUUGUGAAAGCACUUUCCCCUUGGGGUCUCUUGGUGGGCUGGCAGAAAAAGAGGAAGAAAUGCCAGAGCAGCCAAAGACCAGUGCUUGUGCCGAGGCAACCAGAGAUGACCCCCCCAAAUCAGAGCUGUCUUCUAUAACCAUUGAGUAAUUUCAUGGUUUGGCUUCAUUUUUGGUUUUUGGAAAGUGCCUGUGCUUGGUCUUGUACAUUUAAAUUUAAUUUAAUUUUUUAAACAAAAAAGGGUUUGGGAAAGAAUUUCCCUUUUUACUUUGUAAGCCCCACAACUGAUGUUUUAUUUUUCAUGACUGAGAGAUUGCUUCUGUAAGUGCACAACAACAUGAUGUUGAAACAUAAUUGAAACUAUGAGACUUCAGGAGAACCAGUUGACUUCAAGCCUGUAUCAGUUUCUUCCACUGUUAAAAGCAGGCUAAUGAGAUCAUUAGGUAAAGAAGAAUUCAGAUCAUUGUUGACCUUCUGAGAUGAAAGGGUACACCGGAAACAAAUUACUGAACAGAAUUUGACAGCCUGAAUAGAUGUUUACUCCUAUACACAGGACAUUGUACAAUAUUUUGUAAAGCCUGUUGGUUUAGGAAAUAUUUACGGUAAGCUUUCUUAAAAAUUAUUAGGGUAAAUACUUCUGAAAUCCAAUGUAUUCUUUUUUUUUUUUUUUUUUUUUUUAAGCUUUGUCAUUUCUAUUAUUUUUCAUGGUGAAAUUUGGUGUAGGGAUAGGCCUUCCCUGAACUUCUUUAGUACCACUCCAAAUAAUCUUUCUUCUGUGAAAGAAGGCAGAGAACCAUGAUUGAGAAUAGCCGGCUGUGCAUGAAGUGACCAGGAGUGGAAAAUGAAGUACAUAAAUCCCAACUUCAUAGGAACUCUUAAUACUGUUUUUCUGACUAAAAUUGUUGUUUACCUGGUCUUUGAAUGUUAAUGCCUGGCUAAUUAGGUCAUUGCCUAAAUCAUUUUCCCCUCUUGCCCCAUGAACAGUACUCCCUCUUGCAUAUACUGGCAUGAUAUUAUAUAAAGGAAAAAUAUUGGAGAUAUUCUAUAUUUUAUAUAUAGGUUUAUGUAUUGUUGAGGAUGUUUUUAUUGUGCUGAUUUGGACAAAAUAAAAGAAUUCUCUGUUAAGGCUAUGUUCUUAACCCAACUAAGAUUGUUUACAAAGUUCCCUGUGUCACUGAUACAUUGUUUUUGUUUGAAAAUAUUUUUAGACUUUGACAAGUUUAUUAAAAGGAUUAGUGUAGUUUUUACACAAUGUAAGCAAUAAUGUAACAGAUGAGAAAAGGCUUUAAAUUGAUCAACUAGGACUCAUAAAUCUAGGGGAAAAAACUAAGUCUAAAGGAAAACUUAAAAACCUUAAAUUAAUAUCACCUCUUUUGCUGCUAAAAAAAAUGAAACUUCCUGAUUUAUAGUCGAAAUUUAUAUCAUACUCUGGACUGGAGUAUACUUUGCAUCUGGUGCCAUUAAAGCAUCACUGACCUUGAUCCUAAAUAUUCAUGAGUCCAUGAACAAUGAACUUUUGAAUAACCUUUUUUCUAUGUAUAUACCCACAGGUUAAUAAUUAUGAAAACACCUGAUUAAAUUAGAAAAAGAAACUAAAUAGUUUCUUAUUCAAAACACAAGAUCUGAAUUUUGUUUGGGUGCUAGACCUUAAUAAUAAAAUUAAUUUUUUAAGUUAUAGUGAUUUUAUUGUUUCUUUUUUUUUUAAUUGGCUAAUUCUGUGAUUGAUUUUCCUCCCACAAAUGUAAAGGAAGGGAAAGUAAACUCAUUGAAGAUUUUUUUCAGGUAACAUUCUUUUUCCAAAUUCUGCUGUCAAGUUUUAACUUGUUUCCAACUGCUUAUCUCAGUCUUGAACCUGUUUCCCCGCCCUUUGCUCCCAAACAUAGGUAUAUUACCUACAGGAAGAUCAACAUACACAGGUUAUACUGGGCUUCCAUCAUUUAUGCUUCUUUACUAACAGGAUUGAAUUUGCUUUUUGCAACAGACUGUAAUACUUACUAGUAGCAGUACUGCUGUGUCUCAGCUGGAAAAAUUAGGAAUUUUUAUUUUUAACGUCAUACAUACCCUUGAAAAAUGUUAUGCCGGCCAAUGGAUAAACCUCAGAGUUAAUUUUAGAAUCUUUAUAUGGGCAAAACAAAGAAUAGGUAAAAUUAAUGACCAGGAAUCAUUGUUGCCUUCAGUUCUAAGAGUUAUUUUUUAUAACUAAGUAAAGGAAAAAAAAAAAAAAGAAAUAAGGGUUAAAGAAAAUAAACAUGUAAGAAUUGUUUGGGGAUUUGUAUGAUUGAAAGUGUUUUAGCAUAUCCCCUACCUAUCCUGAGAACUCUGUGUUAAGAAAGCCCACAAUUUUGGCAGCUCUGAAGUAUUCUGUGUUCUCAGAAUGUAGGAUUACCACCACUGGCUAUUCUUUCCCAAAUGGAAACUAGAUUUUCAUUGGUAAUUACAAAUUGCACAGAUUUCCAAGUUUUAUGAAAAACUUGAAUAUACUAUCAAAAUGUAUACUUGGUUUAUUGUCUGUACCCCAAAUCUUAACAAUACAGGUAACUAAUUAAUUAGUAUUUAACAUAAAAUGAUAUAAACAAAGGCCUUUUUUCUCUUUCAUUGAGGCUCUCCAUUUUGCUUGAUACACAAUUUAAGGAUUUUUAGCUUAAACUAAGCUGCAAGGGGUAAUUGUAUAUAGUGUUAUUUAGGUUUAUUUAAAAUUCAUCUGAGAGAGGGAUAAUUGAAUGGAUAAUUUUACCAGAAUAUAUGGAAAACAUUGCAAAGAGAUGAAAGCCAGUUCCAUUAUCCCAUCCAUUAGAAAUUACCAGUAUAACUAAACAAAAAUUCCAGUUUAGAAUACUUAAGUAUAGCUGUCUUUCAUAAGGCCCAAGAGGGUAACUUUGUGAUAUUUAAAGGGCUUAAAUUUUAGGAUGCAGGAUAAAUUGCCUUUUUAAAACCAAGAAUUUUAUACAAGAAAAGCAUUUAUUUUCCAUUUUUAUGCUACCAAAUAGGUAUGAUACACUUUAGAAAUGAGCAAAGAUGCUUUCUAUGAAACUGGGUGUUCAAUCUCCUGCAGUCAUUCUUCCCAUUUUCAGGGGUGCGUUCUAACAAUGGAAACAUCUAGCACGAGAAUGCUUGUAAUAAUUCUCAAAAAAGAGAUUAAUAUUGGGUUUUUUAAAGGUUUUUAUAAACAGAAACAGAUGGAGAUUAUCAUCCAUAAAUAUAUUUAAAUGAAUUUUUCUUAAUUUGAAUUUCAAGUAAUCUUAAUUUUUAUUUCACAUAAUUAGUUGCAUAUUUAAUUAUAUUGCCAGGUUUGUUUUUUUUUUUAAGUUCUUGAUUUCAGUGAGACAGAGUGUACUAAAAUGUUUAAAUAACCUCAUUCAGUUUUACGUAUUAACAUUUCAGCAUAUAAACCAUUCCGGCUUAAGUAAUUUGGUUCCGUGUUAUGACACAUGCUCUUUGGUUUCAAAAGCAAACAGAAAAACUUGCAUUUUGUUAAAAUAGUUUAUCAAACGGAAUGGACUAGUCAGCAUGUCUAAUGUGGUAUCAUUGUUACGUUCUAACUACUGAGCCAGACUCUCCUAGUGUAUAAAUGAUUCCCCUGGGAGCCUUCGGAAGCUGUAUUAACUCUUUCAGUCUUUUGUUUGCUCUCUCAUUUUAUUCUUGUACUCCAUCUAAAUAGAAGCCAGUUAUCUUAUUUAGUGGCUUUUAGUUUGAAGAUUCUCAGAUCAAUUUUAGUCUCUCAACUUUGUAGUCCGUGAAAAAUACAUUAUUGUGUAAGGUAAUGUCAAUUCUGUACUUUACCACAUGGAGGGAAUCAUUGUUAUUACUUGAGGAAUGAACAGUCCUAAAUUGUAAUAUCGUAACAGAAAGGAGUUUGAGAUUUGGUGAAUUGAUGAAGAAGAGAACAAGAAACUUUCAUGUGGCACUUACUCUAUUGUCACUCAUCUGCAAAAUGUGAAGUUAUAACUCUGAAAUAUACAUCCAAAUGAGGGAGAAUAGUUGUCUAGAUAUAAUAUUAACUGGGGGGUGUGGGCGGGUGCUAGUAAAGUUUGUGUUUGGAAGCGACCCAAAGUUGUUAAAAGGUAAUAAAUGUGAUUUUCACUAUAAGUUAUUGACAUAAGAUACUUUAUUUAUAAUAUAUUCAGAUUUUAAAAGUAACAGAGAAGAAUGUAUUAGAAACUAGAUUUUGUUUUCUGAAGCAGUGGAACAAAAUUAAGGAGAGUUCUAUUAUAGUAUAUACACAUCUAUGAGGAAUAUUUAUAGCUAAGCAUACUCCUUUAGCUUUAAGCUAAAAUGGUCAAAAUUUAAAUUUAUUUUUUAUUUUGCUUAUGCCCACUUUUAUCUUUUAGUGUCAUUUUGCUUGACAGAAUGUGGUGAUAUAGGGUAUUUUUUAUCUAGGAAGUCCUCAGCAAGAUGAGUUUGCCAAAAGCAAUAAUGGUUCAGAUUAAACAGUAAAGUGGAAUUGAACCAAUUUCCAGGUUCAACUAAGGAACAGACACUCUGUGGAUAUUUCAUUUUUAGAUUAUAAAUAUGUUGAAAUUUAUUAAUGGGAGGAAGUAAGCUUAUAUCAUUAUGGAAUGUAGACUCUUAGUGACAUCACAGUUGUACUUUUUUUUUUUUUUUUUACUUCAUACUAAACUAAUACAGUUAGAUAUUUCCACUACAUUGUAGUGAUUCUAUUUUUGUGACGGGAAAAAACAAUUCUGUGUCUUUACAAAUAGUCUCUGCAGAAAUGUCAGGCAAUGUUAUUGGAGUCUCAGUUUGGCAGUAUCCAAAAUACAGAAUCACCUCAAAGUGCUUGUGCUACUUGAAGAGAGCCUCCUCUGUGCAGGGCCCGGGCAAGCUACAGCUAAUACCAGGGUACCUGUGCACAUAAUAGUUUACAAAGAAUUUAAAAGUGGAGACCAUUGAUUGAAAACAAUUUUUUUUUUUAAAAAUUGUUUUAACUUUAAAAUUUUUAAUUUCAGUUUGAAGUGCCUGGUUUAUAAAAUCUAAUUCUUUGAUUAUUGCCUUUCUCUUUAAAUUGACUAAGUUUGCUGAUUAAACUUAAAGCCUUGGGCUCAAUUGUGAUGAUUUAUUGAUAAAAUUGCUGCUUGAUGGUUUGAGGGGCUAGUGUCAUGACUUUUAUGAAAUUAUCCUUGUUUUCCCAAAUGCUGGUCUAACUAUAUCCAGAUUUCAUAAUCCAGUUAAGCUAAAAAAUCAUCCUGUAAUUGAAUGUUCAGGUUACCAAAGUACAUCACCUUCUAAGGAAGGAUAAAUCUUCCUUACUUGAAGAGGAGCUGGCCAUCUCCCCUUAACAUACAUUGAUUCCGUUGGCAUUAGUGGAAGCUGUGUUCAUUUAAAGGUGGUAAAACCUUUUGUGCAGUUCCUAGAAACCUCUGCUUUCUAGAGAGAACCUUUUCUAUGAUUACCUUGUAAGUGUGUUUUCUCUAAGAGCUUUGUUUCAGUUAUCAAUUUAAUUUUCAAGUUGAUAGAUGCUAUGUAAAGUCUCUCAUACUGAGAGUAGUCCAUUAAAUUAUUGAAAGUUGCACUGCUUUUCAUCUUUCAGGUGCCUAAAAUGAAUGCCACCAGGUAUUUGGAAGGUGUAAGAUCAUAAUCUUUGUUCAUUUUCUUCCUUAUACAAAGUGAUGGCUUCUAAUGCAUAUAUUUCAAAAUCAAAAAAAAAAAAAAAAAACAGCCCUCAACAGAGUAAAAUUUGGUUUUGAUCCAAGUCCCAAUAAUAUGUUUGAUAUUUCUGUUGUUCCUGGUGCCUCCUGUUGCAUCAGAUAGAGAUUGCCUGCCUCUUUGUAUGGCACCCUUGUGGCACCUUAUGUCCAAUUGGAAGAUAGUUUGUGGCUUCUUUGUGCCUCUACUAUCUUUUCAAAAGCCAUUUUAUAAAAAUCCUAGGUAACCUAUUUUAAUAUUUAAAUAUAUAUAUUUGUGAGAUACUUUUAGAACAGACUUUUUUUUUUUUACUUUGAAAUUCCUGUAUUCUCAUUUUUAAGAGUAAAUUAAAAUUUUCCAAGAUUAGGACUUGUCUUUUUCCACAGCAGCAUAAUGAGAAAGUCAGAUUGAAAUUGAAAUUGACCAUACUUCAGUGAUAGAAGAAAUUGAUGUCUGGUUACAGGAGACAGAUAAGAAGGAAAAAAUUGUUUUGAUGUCACAGAAAUGAAUUUUUAAAUAAAAUUGUGGUUUUGUUUCUGUAAUUUCAUACUUGCUGCUACAGUUGCUCAGUAUUUUACAGAGCUAACAUAUAAAUCUGGCUCUGUUUAAAAACUGGAGUACUUUCUAGUACAACCAGCCUGGGAGGAAGCUGCACCACAGUUUUCCAGUUGGGUGACUGCUUUGUUUAGCCGAUGCAUGCUUAAUAUUUUCCUAUAGGCCAACAUCAAAGAAGCCUGGGGGAAACUUUUUUACCUUGCAGCAUUGAUUCCUUUUGGGCACUGGCAUUUUGUGAAACCCUUGGGGGAGGGUAAUGCUGGGGCAGAAAUGUGAAUUAUGUAGAUGGGUGUUUUUAUGUCUUCAGCCCUCUCCUAGAACCAGUACAACUCUCUUAACUGUGCCAGUCCCCAGUUCACCAGCUUUGUAUCCACUUGUCAUCUCAUUUAAAUAUGGCUGUACUUGGUGACAGUGGCCAUAGCUAAUAACUUCUUGGCAUGUUUGACUUUCAACAAUAACAAAAAUGGUUUUGGAUUUUGUUUUAUUUCCUAAAAAUGUAUACAAUGUCAGAACUUCACAUUUUAUAUACUAGUAUCUGGCUAUUAGUAUUUUACAGGAACCAUAGUUCUUGGUGACUUCAUAUAUACAUAUAUAUAUAUAUAUAUAUUUUUGUGACUUUUUUGUAAACUAAGUGCCGUUUCAACGUUACAAUCAUUUUUAGAGUUAUUGUAAUCAAUGUGAAUAUCAUGUUUUUUCAAAUCUGUUCUGAGCCUAUAGUGUUUGCUUUGUGAACAUAUGUGUAUUGUAUAUAUUCUGUAUAGUUACAUUGUACUGAAAUAUUAGCUUGUUUGAUAUAAGGAAAGUAUGUAUUGAGUACCUUUUUGCUAGCCUGGUUGUUUAAUCUUUUUUAAAAAGGUUUAAACUUUUUAAAAAAAAAAUCUUUAAACUGGCCUUUAUUACAUGGUCACAAAGUUGCAGUUUAGAAGGGAUGGGCAGGGAAAAAUUAGUUUUGAGUGUCUUUGAAUAGAAACAUAAGACUAAGAUUUUUUUCUCAUUAAAAUAUCUUAUUAAUGCUUUA